UAUCUGCCAUAACUCCUGAGAAAGUGAAGCUUUGUUAGACUAGAUUUUAUCUCAAAUAUGAAAAUCAAAGAAUUUAUUCUAUAGAGAAAUCUUUUAAUACUAUUUGAUUUCUUAAUUGCAUUCUCGUAUGGCUUUUACAAGCUCACUUUAUCACGAUUUCUAAAAAAAAACGAAUUGUAGCGUUACAAAACUGCGCUAUUUUAAAUUCUAUUUAUCCUAUCGACAAAUUUUUGCAAAACAAUUUUUUAUUAUUUUUAGAUUGUAACGCUAAUUAAAUCCGUAAAAAGAGAAGUGGAAAUACACAAUUCGUGUAAAACGCAGCGGAAAAAGUAUUUUACAGAUAAAGAAGUAUUUUACGUAUAAACAACGCAGUUCGCAGCUUUUUCCCGACAUUAUAUUAACGAUACAUUAACGAAAGUAACGAGUCCCGGAGAGAAAGAGAGCGAGAGAGCGCCCAGCGGGAGAAGAUUUGCAUAUUAAUGGACGUCACUCAGGACGAGUCACCGACGACAUGGCAGCAGGACGAGACAAGGACAGACUGCUGAGGAGGCGGUGGCUACGUGGAACCCGUAGGAUUUCACAUGGCAACCGAAGAAUCUCCCAUCCCCCGGUUGGCGACACCAGGAGGGCCCCUGCUACCUAUAAAACUAACCGCGCUCCGUCUCCGGCCGAGCAUUGAGCGACUUGGCGUCCACACGACAGGGAUCAUAUUGCCGAUUAGAGACGAGACGAACGUCCGCAGGCAGCGAGAGGACUUCAGAGUUCAGAUCGGCGGAUCACCAUGCUUACCUUCCAACUUACUUUUGCAAUUGUCCUCCUGGCUACGGUCUUCCUGAUCGACAGGUCUCAAGCACACCUCGCGCAACGGCACGAGUCGCACGAGCCGAAAUCUGUAUACUGUAUAGACUGCGGCGACAAGUGCGACCAAUGCGUGUUCGGUUCCAUAAUGUCGACUCUCUGCGUCGGUGUCAGGGAAUGCCGAAAGGGUCCCGGAGAAUCUUGCGGUGGCCCAAGCGAUUCCUGGGGCGUGUGCGGCGACGGACUGAUCUGCAGUUGCAACCAAUGCACGGGCUGCAGCGUGGACAGCCUAACGUGCUUCGUGAACACUUGUCUGCCCCAUCAGAGUCUGGAACGCAGCCAUCUCGAUUUAUUGAAGAACUACCCUAUCGAAAGAAUCGCCAAGUAAACGAAGACCCAACGCAAUCCCCGGAUGGAUGAAAAGGACGACGGAUGGAUGAGACGACGAAUGUGAGAGGAGCGAAUGUGAAACGAGAAAGGCGGAGAGAAACGCGGAUAUAUAUUAGUGAUUUUUCCGAAUUAUUUAUUGCAUUUCACUAUGUAAUCCCAUUAGGUACCUACUAUUGUGAUAGAACUCGUCGGAGCCCGUCUCUACUACCUUCUCCCAACCCCGCCCCCCGCACUUCCCCUCACCCCCUCGGCUUCCGACGAGACGACGUGCUUCUGCCCGUGUAUAAUGGCAUUUCUGUGAUUUUUUUUUUUUUAAUUACGUUAUCCCAUCUUUGUGCACGCAUGUCUCAAUGAAAAACGCGCGCCGCCGGCGUCCGCGCGCUCAUAUAGCGAGCGUGCAUCGCCGGCUAGAUUGAUCUCGUGAGAUGUUCGAUGAAUCAUCGCGCAUGGCUGUGAAUCGCGCCUCUCGCGGAGUAGAGAGGGGCAAUCGACGGAAUUCUCGUUGUGUUUCCCGCGCCGGGAAACAUCGGAAAUCCGGGUUUCUGUUGAGAAUCGAAAAGCGUCACGGUGCAAACCGGAUGGAAGAGAAUGGUGAGAACGAUUGAGGACGCAGUAAGCAAAGGAAAUAUACGAAAGCCCACCCCACCGCUUUUCUUCCCCUCCCUCCCCCAUAUCCCGUGGAACAGUCGUUAAUAUGAUUUUUGACAUUCCGAAAUUGAUAUUUCGAUUACGUAUAUAUUGACGAAAUCUACAUUACUAUAUAUAUGUCGACAUUUUGCAUUUAAUAUUUAUUUUCAAUGUCGAACGCGUUUAUACUUUAAGGGGUGUCGCAGGGAGACGCUCUCUGUGACGAGGGGUCUCCCGACAAGGCAUACGUUGCCUCUCACUGACGGACUGUUACUAAUUUAUUAAUAGACGCAAAAAAUAUAGUUGAUAAAUAUAGUUAACUUUUUCACCGGUACUUCUUUCGCGCCGGAUAGUCAUCCGUAAGCGUCUCAAGAACGGUGAAUACCUUACGCAGCUCUCGAUAUUUCUGCGGAGACCGGACGUGAAUGUUUUCGGCGAACGCCGCCCUAUGUAACGGACAACAGAAUAAAAUUGGUUGCAUUCA